UCGGUGCGACUGUUUACAGAUAAACGGACUGAAAUUGCUAAAUAAAUAAAAGAUGUCUGCAUAACAGACAUAUUAAGCAAUAUAAACCAAAUUUUAAUCUUAAUUAGUGCUUUGCUAAUGUGUGAUAAGCGUGAUCUGUCAAAGCAGAAGGUUUACAUGAAUGUGCGAUGAGCAAAUCGUGGAAUUAUGUGUUCGUGCUUGUUUGGCUCUCAGCCAUUCUCGUUGCCGGAAUACACCUCUUUUCUAAAGGAUUCUUGCUGACUAGAAUCGCACAGACGGAUUUCAGCACUUGCAUUCGCUAUGAUGACUAUCAAUGUCCCACCGAAAAUGGUUUCCAUACCACCUGCAACAGUUCACAGAAAGUUCUAUCCAUUCUGAAAGAUGUGAACCGGUCAGCUAAAAUUUGUCUUCCUCCGAAAAGCAAGGUUAUUCUGCUAGUCAUCGAUGCAUUGCGGUACGAUUUUGGAACGUAUAACUCAAGCCUUGAUAGUCCACUACCGUUUCAAAACAACCUUCCGGUACUGACGGAACUAAUGAACCAUUAUCCGGAACGUACAAGAAAAUUAAAAUUCGUGGCCGAUCCACCAACAACGACACUUCAGCGUUUGAAGGGAAUGACUACUGGCAGCCUACCGACGUUCAUUGAUAUUGGGUCAAAUUUUGCUUCACCGGAAAUAAACGAGGACAAUGUAGUGGACCAGUGGGUACGGUUGAAUCGCACAGUCGUAUUUUUGGGAGAUAGUACCUGGACAGAACUGUUUCCGGGUCGAUUUAAACGGAAGUUUGAUUUCCCUAGCUUUAACAUUCACGAUUUAGAUACGGUUGACCGAGCGAUUGAAGGAUUGCUUCCGCGGGAAAUUGCCAGCAACGACUGGGACGUGAUUGUUGCGCACCUACUAGGCGUUGAUCAUUGUGGACAUCGAUACGGACCGCUGCAUGGUGAAAUGCGUCGGAAACUACGGGAAAUGAAUGAAUUUAUUCGGAAUGUGACAGAACAGAUGGACAACGAAACGACAUUGAUUGUAAUCGGUGAUCACGGAAUGACUCAAACUGGAGACCACGGCGGAGAAUCGGCUGAAGAAAUAAACGCCUUAUUUUUCAUGUAUUCGAAAGGAAUUGAUUUACUACCAGAAGAGUACGAUGGUUUCAGUAAAACAAUUCAGCAAAUCGAUCUUGUACCACUAUUGGCAAACCUGCUCGGAGUUCCGAUCCCGUACUCGAACCUAGGACAAGUUAAUUUUCAGCUUCUUCCGGAUGUAAGCGUUGAUUCGUUUCUUCGAUAUCAAGUGGCCCUUUUGCAUCUAUGGCAGAAUGCUCGACAAAUUCAAAGCUAUUUCCAACAGUAUGCCGAGUCGAAUCGUGGAACGUUUACCGUAGAACAGUUGGAUGAUCUGGACAACAAGUUCCUCAUUCUAACGCAACGCGUAAAUACCGUGUACACGGAGGCUGCUUUUCAGAGUUUAUCGAAAGACCUACGGCUGUACCUGGGCGAUAUUCUGAAAAGCUGUCGAAACAUUUGGGUCAAGUUCGAUGCGCAGCUGAUCUCUCACGGUCUGCUGAUAACAGUUCUUUGUUGCUUCACGAUUUUUAUGCUUAUCACCAAUUCGAAUGCCCAGCAGCUGGGACGAGUCUUCAAUGGAACCACGAUUUAUUACAUUGUCGUGCUGACUUUCAUGGCAGCAGCGUCCGGAUUUUUCUUCUAUCGAGAUUUCAGCCUAUCUUCAGCAGAACAUGGAAUUAUCUUUUUCGCAUCGAUGGCAUCCAUCGUGGUACUACUCGGUCUCAUCAUUAAAAACUGGAGCAAUAUCACGGAAAAUAUUAGCCAGCACCAACAUUCGAAGAAUUUCGUCACUCGGAUAUCGUUCGCAUUUACAACGUGUGUAUUUUUCUCCAACAGUUUUAUCAUAGAAGAACAAAAGAUUUUGUCGUACGUGUUGAUCGGAUUGUUUUUGCUUGCACUGUACAACGCUCAGAUGAACAGUCAGUUCAAAGUGACACGCUUCCGGUGGAUUGUUUUGCGUAAAUCUACGAUUUUAAAACUACUUGCCUUGGCAUUGCUAGCAAUCUCACUGGUGCGGAUAUCGAGUAACUACUUCCGUUGUCGGGAAGAGCAAGGAAACUGUACGGACUACUUGAUGACUGCACCGACAUUGGAUGCACGACGGAAAACUGGACCACAAUUUGAUAUCGUUCCGGUUAUUGCGCUGGCACUGUACAUCAUUUGUGCUCGGUUGUAUCUAAGAACUUGUGGUAAUUUAACUGGAAAUGCCGUAAACAUCCUACUGGCUAGGUAUGGUCCAACAGUUGGCACGGUAUGUGCUUGUGGUCAUUUUGUGCUAGCUAGAAGUAACACCAAAGGGAUUCCGCAGAUACACAUAGAUGCCCUUGCUUGGGUUGUGUAUGUUUUGUUUCUGAUUCAAAUCGUGACCAUUCUUGUGAAGCCUCUAAUGAUUUACAUUCUUCCCAAGAGGAAGGAGAUGAUGAAUAUACUCUACGGCGAUCGCAAUCUGGCUCCUGAGAUCUAUAAACAAUUAAAAGAUAACUACAACUCCAAAAACCCGUCUCCCCCAGAUGAAGUACCCAUUGUUUGCGGUCUGGCGACUGUCUAUUCGUCAGUGUUCAUCGCUGUAGGAGUGUUUCUCACCAUUCUUCUUUCUCUACUGCUUGGUUCCUCCGGAACCACCGGUCUGAUACUGACUCUCGUUAUCACCAUUUGCUACGGAAUUAUAUCGUCCAUCGUUCAGUACGAAAACUCAACCAAUCUUCAGACCUGCCUACAGCCGACGUUUACCAGCUUGCUCUGUUGGGUGAUUCUGAUGCAAUUUGGAUUUUAUGCCACUUCCCACCAACCGACGAUGUCGCAAAUCGAUUGGAAUGCCGCAUUUAUUGGACGCACCUGGCACUACGAUAACAACAAUUUGAUUUCAGCUGCGUUGGUUCUGCUGAACACUUUUUCGGUUUCGUUUCUGUUGUCGGUGCUCUUUCCGUUAAUCAUUUUUACUCCAUUCUGUGUUUACACAAUGUGGCCUGCGUUGGCGCAGAAAAUUUACCAGAAGACAAGUGGAGGAUCCAAAUCGGGUCCUAAAAGUGUUCGCCGAACUGACGGAGGCAGCGUUGAGUACCGAAGCGUGACCGUUAACAAAAAUGACGACUCUAGCACAGAAACAACUAAAAUAGAAACUGAUUUCGAUGUGACCAAGGGAGAAAUAAAUUUGUACGAGAACGAAAACCUAUUUAUUGGAACCGUAUUCAAAACUGGCUGUCAGCUUCUGCUUAUCCAGGGUAUCCGCAUAUUCUGUGCGAUGCUCGCCUGUACGCUACAUUGCCGACAUUUGAUGGUGUGGAAAAUUUUCGCUCCUCGAUUCAUCUACGAAGGCAUCGGAAGCUACAUCGUGUUUAUUGGGAUCACUUUAGGUUUCCUGUUGUUAUUGCGAGUCCAUCAGUCGGUGAGUUCUUUGAUUAGCCGAAUUAACAAGCAACGAUAAGCCGGGACUCAUUUGGUCAGCGAAACCAGUACCACUCUAGUCGUGUGUUCAGUAUCAAGGCAUUUAAAUUUCCAUCAAAACAUCUAACCAAAUUAGUUGACAUCAGUUAAGUAAAUAUGUAGGUUGACCAUUAAAA